AUCAUUUUCAUUAGUGAUAUUCUAAAAGAUUACAUUGCCCCAACGACGGGAAGAAACCACAGUCUACCCCCACAUUUACAAGUCAUGAUCGCAUUGCGAUAUUAUGCUACUGGGAAAAUGCAGCUAUGUAGUGGCGAUAAUUUUAAUGUUGACCAGUCCACUGUGUCUAGGGUGAUCCAAAGAGUCACGAAUGCAUUGAAUCAUCAGGAUGUUGUCAGGAGAUUUGUAACAUUUCCUCUGACUGCAGAGGCAAUAAAAAAACACCAAGCCGAUUUUUACGCGGUUGCCCGGUUUCCAGGAGUUGUUGGAGCAAUAGAUGGUACACACAUACGAAUUUUGCGUCCAAGCAUCAACGAACCAGAAUUUGUGAAUAGGAAGAACUUCCAUUCAAUAAAUGUACAGAUUGUGGUGGAUGCAAAUUAUUGCAUUCUAGAUUUAGUUGCGAGAUGGCCAGGGUCAGCACAUGACGCAAGAAUUCUCCGUGAAAGUGGCCUAGCAAGAAUAUUUGAGACAAGAAUGCUGCCGACAAGAUGUCACUUACUUGGCGAUAGCGGUUAUCCGUGUAAGAACUGGAUAUUGACACCAUACCUUAACCCACAACCUGGACAACAGACACGAUACAACAGUGCCCACAAAACAACAAGAUGUAUUGUCGAGAGAGCCAUUGGGCAGUGGAAAAGGAGAUUUCAUGUCCUACAUGGAGAGGUCAGGUUGAGACCAGAAAGGGCUAGCAAGGUGAUAACAGCCUGUGGAAUUCUACACAACAUUGCAAAACUGUUGAAUAUGCCACAGCAUGAUGAUAUUGAGGAUGAUGGGGAUGAUGAUAAUGAUGAAGAUGGUGAUGCCAAUAAUAUCAAUGAUAAUCCAGCUGAUGGAAGGGCCUACAGAACCCAUAUUGUAUCAACUCACUUCUGAUUUCCAGUUUCUGCUUUUUGAGGCUGUCAUAGGAUGUUGUCAGAGAUGAAUAUGUACAGGAGUCUGAUGGCAAGGAUGACAAGAUGGAUGAGGGCAGGAUUUCUGUGGCCAUGGUUACAGUGUUGGGGGG